AUGAAUUCUUCAAACUUAAGACAGAAAUUCGAUCGCUUCCGAAUUCUCAUCAUAGGAAGAGCGAAUGCAGGAAAAACCACCAUCCUCCAGAGGGUCUGUAACACACAGAAGAAACCAGAAAUAUAUAACAGCGCUGGGAAUAAGGUGCGGAACAUCAUACUACGCGGAUUGCACGACAUCGAGAAUGAAAUGGUGUUUCGAAGCAACCCAGGAUUCGUCUUUCACGAUUCACGUGGGUUUGAGGCAGGCGGUGACUCUGAAUUCGACAAGGUGAAGGCUUUUAUCGCAGGCCGUUCUAAGGAAACCGAUUUGAAGAAUAGAAUCCACGCCAUAUGGUACUGUAUCCCGAUGGAUGAGUCGAGUAGGUCUUUCACAGAAAGUGAAACCAAAUUUUUCUCUCAGUGCGAUACUGGGAGCAUCCCAGUGAUAGUAUUAUUUACUAAAUUUGAUGCUUUGUAUGAUGUCUCAUACGCACUGCUCAAAGAGGAUGAUGAACUCCUAUCGAGGGAAGACGCUCAAGCACUGGCACCGAAGCACGCUGAAGAGUUAUUUGCGAAUGGGCCACAAUUAAAAACCCUAUACAACCCCAAGGAGAUCACAUGGCCUCCAAGAUGUCACGUAUGCCUCCCUAACAUGGACAAGAAUGAUGCAGAUUGUGCACCACUCAUGAAACGAACGGCUGAAACUCUGGAUAACGACGUGCUCAAGCAGUUGUUCGUCUCAACUCAGCAGACCAACUUGGAGUUGUGCAUAAAAUACGCAGUCGAAAGGCAAUUAUUCAAAUCUUAUUUGCCUAUAAUGACCUGA